UCUGCUGGUGAGACCGCGUCACUACCUGAAGAUCAUUUAAGAAAUAUUUAACCCAAAAAAUGCGAGCACCACGCAUUGUUUUCGUAUAGCCAUUGACAAUACGGAAUUUCAUUAGGUGAAUCCCAUUUUUUCUAACUUUUGGUAGUUUUAAUAGGUCUUAGCAAAACCACUAGCAAGCACAGCAACUGUUUCUCUACGGAGGGAUGUUGUUGUUGCACCAUUGACCUUUGUGUUGCUAUGGUUACGUGCAACUCAGGCGAAACGCUGGUUUGUCGCCGAAGUUCUUGUUCGUAACGUUAUUUGAGUUCGCGUAAGUUCGCUUGAAGCUCUUCAGCGAUGGAGGUCGGAGACAAGCUGAGCGAGCUGAAUUUGACAGGGGAGGAAAUGGACAAAUUGACUAAAGCUCUGAAAGACGACAGAUUCAAAGAAAUGCUGCGCGAGUACGCGCAAGAAAUAUCAGACCCCGAGAGCAGGAAGAAGUACGAAGAGGAGAUCCAACUUUUGGAACGAGAGAGAGGCAACAGCCUGGAGUUCAUUCACCCGCAGCCGUUCAGGGCUCUCAAGACAAGCGUGGACGGCAGGCAGAAGUGCUUCAUCAACAUCUGUGGGAAUGAUAAAAUAGGGAAGCCUGAAUGUAAGUGUGGCGUCUCUGAGGACGGACGCAGGGGCCAGAACUGGUCCCUGCCCCACAGUCUGCACCCCGGGAGGCAGGACACCGACCCUAAAGGUAACAAGAUCACCAUCUAUGAUGUCGUCUUUCACCCGGACACUCUCCACAUAGCGACGACCAGUGAGAAAUUCAUGGAGAUGGUGGUCAAGACGGCCGUUCAGGGAAUUCAGAAUUCCUUCAAUGUGAGUCUGGACGAGAACAACGUCAGGGAGAUGAAGACAAAGUACAAGGGUACCCCCCAGCCUUGUGUCAUCCGUAGACCCAUACCCGGACACAAAGCCAAGCAGCCCUCAGAGGACGCGGACCCGCUUUCCUUCCCAUACCCACACGAAAAGAGCCCUGUUCCAUCUUCACACACCAAACCUGCAACAGAUAACAGCCCCGGGUCCCAGAGCUUCCACAUCCAACUUCAGAGAACCAAAGAGCCAACCAAACCCAACUACGCAGUGAAAUACAGAUCUGUCAUUGACCUGCAGGACUACAGAUGUUCCAGGGACUCGACAAAGAGCCCCAGGCCGAAAGCGAUAGUGGUCACCGUCGACUUGCCACUUGUGAAGUCGGUCGCAGACGCCAGUCUGGAGGUGAAAGAGAGAAGUCUGCUGCUGGAAACCAAGGCACCGGCCUAUAGACUGGAGCUGCCGUUAGCCUACCCUGUGGAUGAGGAUACCGGAGAGGCCAAGUUCAACAAGCACACGGGACAGCUGAUAGUGACGCUGCCUGUUCUUCCACCUAAAGCUAAUGAUUUAGCAUUAGCACCUGUUAGUGGUGACCGGAGUGAAAAUGAAAGUGGAGAGGAAAGGCAAGGCAACACUGGAGCGGAGGAGGAUGACAAGGAGGAAUGGAAAAAAGGUGAUGAUAAAAAAAGAGGUCAGGAGAUAGGCAAUGGGCAAAUAAGAAGCAGCCAGGAGGUUAUAGAAGCAAAGGGACAUAUAGUGGGCGAGGAUGAAGGUUCCAUCAAGCAAGAAUGUGUGGAGGAGGAGAGAGGAGCUGAAAAGCCAAAAAGGGACAAGACUUAUGAAAGUGGUCAAGAGCAGGAAGACGGUGAACAAGUUAGAGAGUGUAAUCUACCAAAAAUACAGGAUGAAGAGGACAAUGAAACAUCUAGUGAAAAUAAGGUGUGGGGAGAAUGUGAUGGAGCAGCAGAAUGUGAGGAACAAGAUAUGUCAGAUAUAAUGCCCAACGUACAGAGUUCAGACCUUCAAAGGCAGACUGACGCAGAAGAGGCUGUUCACUCAGCAUUAAAGGACGAGGUUGAAGCUGCGUGUCACAUUCACGCAUCCAGUGAAGAAUCCCAGACAGCUGCUGCCGUGUCUUUCACAAUGCCAGCUAGCAGUUCAGACCACACUGUCAAGGACUGCAGCGUUUCCCAGGAGACUGAGGAAUUCAGCACAACGCCCGGAACCGAUGGAGAAAACACAGAAGGUUCAGGCAACAGACCUGAGGAUGUCACUGCGGGCUCAGGAAAGCAGCAGGAAGGAGAGGCUGUAGAUGAGGACGACCUGCCAGCAGAGCACCAAGACAAGCUGCCAGAUGCCGUACUGAGGGAAACCGACGAACACGGCAACGAAACCAUCAUCAGUGAUCAUUCCACGUGUGCUGGAUUUACCUUCCAAAACACCCUGAUUUAUGAGCUUGACUGAGUACUGUGAAAAAAUCCACAGCCGGGAAGAAGUAACUCAAACACUGGAAAAUAUUUCAAUAUCCUAGAAUAAAAAAAGAGUGAUGUGGUAAA